AUGACCGCUUUACCAAUAGUUGAAACUCAAUCAGGAGAUGUUUCAACUUAUAUUCCUACUAAUGUAAUUUCCAUUACAAAUGGUCAAAUAUUCUUAUCUGUCGAUCUACUCAAUGCUAGAAUAAGACUUGCUAUUAAUGUCAAUAUUUCAGUUUCUAGAGUUGGAUCAGCGGCUCAAAUUAAAGCCAUGAAACAAGUAGCUGGUAAAUUAAAAUUGGAAUUAGCACAAUUCGCAGAAUUAGAAGCUUUUGCACAAUUCGCUUCUGAUCUAGAUAAAGCUACUCAAAAUCAAUUAGCAAGAGGUCAACGAUUGCGCGAGUUGCUUAAACAAUCCCAAUCAGCUCCUCUUACUGUGGAAGAACAGAUAGUAACUAUUUAUACCGGAACGAAUGGUUAUCUUGAUUCAUUAGAAAUUGGACAGGUAAGGAAAUUUCUUGUUGAGUUACGUGCUUACUUAAAGACGAAUAAACCUCAAUUCAAAGAAAUCAUAUAUUUUACCAAAACAUUCACUGGGGAAGCAGAAGCCCUUUCAAAGGAUGUUAUUAAGGAAUAG